AUGAGAGUGAUGAGCCCAAAAGAAGCACUACCCAAGGAGGAGACAUCUUCGGUGGUUUACCGCAUCAACUGUAGUGAUUGUGCAAGCAAUUACGUAGGGGAAACGGCCAAGCGGCUACAGACCAGGCUCUCAUACACUGAGACUCUGAAGAGAGAUCCUAUCAGCAGUUAUAACAAAAAAUUCACUGAUUGUCUGCAACAACUACUGAAGGACAAUGGCAAUGACAAGCCACCAUACUACCAUCUUUACCCUCGGGGAAGAUAUUGUGGAAUAGCCACAUAUGUAUCACUGAUAAAUAAGCCAACUUUAAACCCUGAUGACUGUAAGCUGCUAUUGGCAGCCUCUGAACAUGGGAGACGCCCGUGCCCGACUGACUGGAUUGGGUACCAGAUGAAAUGUUUCUACUUCUCAGAUAAAGAAGAAACCUGGUCUGCUAGUCAAGACUUUUGCUCUUUGUACAACGCCUCGCUGGCCGUUAUUGAAGAGAAAGAAAUGGAUUUUGUGCAGCGUUACAAAGGCAGCAUUUCCCACUGGAUUGGCCUCCAACGAGACCCGAAGCAGCCCUGGAAAUGGGUCAACGGAAAUGCUUCCACGUGGGAGGUCCUCGGUGAUGGAGGGAACUGUGCCUACCUGAAUGACGAAGGCAGAGCAAGCUGUUCCAGGUGCAGCACCCUCCAUCGCUGGAUGUGCAGCAAGCCUGAUGAGUUCACACGUCCAAGAUAGUUUGAAGACAUAUGGCUUCCAAUCCACCCAACUGGCAUUAUCUCCUAAUGUUGGAUA